AUGAAGAAAUUCCCACUCUCGAUAUUUUCAAAACUAACUAAUAAAUAUGAGCCUAGUUCUGAAAAUGAGUUAGACGAAUUGAUACUUCAAUCUACCUCGGAACAAUUAGCAUCAAAAGAGUACAUGUAUUUUAGCAAACCUGAUCAAAAGACAUUCCUUCCUAAUGACAAACAAAAUUUACGAAAUCUAAGAAUACCUAUUGGGAAAGAAAAGGGUAAGAAAAAGAAGAACACUAUCAAUAAGCAAUCUACCAUAAUAGGGAGUGAUUUAACUAUUGGGUUUCUGGAUUAUAGGAGACCAACAGAAGAAGAAAUAUAUCUGUUACUGGAUUUAUUAUUGGCGCUUGACAAGAUCGAAAAGAGGGAUUCAAUAACGAUAGCUUCAUUACGUAGGAAUUUACUUUUACUUAUGCUUAUCCCUUUAAAUCCUUCAAAGGAAUUCCUGUUAAAUAUUAUUCGAUGGGAAAAUUAUCUUAUCAUUGAUAAAGAUUGGACAACAGAUUCAUUAAUUUCUCAGAUAAAUAAUUUAAAUCUUGAGAAUUCAGAUACAGACCUAUUGAGUUAUACUGGGUUUAGAUUUGAAGAUUUAGUUACAGAAAAUGAAGAGGAGGAUUCUCAGGGAAAUUUCUAUACUGUUACAGGUCAUGAUAUUUCAGGGACUUCAGUAGUUUUCACAGCAGAAAUAGAUGCUUCAGUAAAGGGAAAAGAUGGACUUUCAGGAUAUGUUGAAUUAAAAUCUCACAGGUAUUCUAAAAAUUCUACUAUAGACUUGAAACUUAGUAGGAAAUUACUUUCAAGUUGGUGUCAAACUAGAUUAAUUUCUGGAAAGUAUGUAGUAAUUGGAUUUAGGAAAAAAUCUGAAACAUACAACCUAGCUGCUAUAAAGACUUAUGAUACAAACGAUAUACCAAACUUAUUACAUUCUAAAGGACAACCUGUCUACGUUUCAAUGGAUGAUAAGGACUCACAGAUCACAUGUCAGAAAUUAUUGAAAUGGUAUCAAUGUGUGAUGGCAUGGAUAAUACAGGAAAUCGGUUCAUCUCAAACUUCGCAUACAUUAAUGUACGAUCCUGAAUCAAGAGAGUUAAAGUUAACUCCAAGCACAGAGAACAUUCGUCCAUCAUGGAUGAAUACUACAAAUUAA